AUGGCUGAGAUAUCACUAGAGCUGCAGACGGAAAUACAGUCAACUUUCCCAUUUGAGAUUGGCACUCUACCUGUUAGAUAUCUUGGACUGCCGCUUCUCACCAAAGCUAUGUCCAGGGGUGACUAUCAGCCACUUAUUGAUAAGAUUCGAACGAGAAUAAGCUCAUGGACUGGUCGGUUCCUUUCUUAUGGCGGUAGGCUUCAGCUCAUCAAAUCUGUCCUCCUCAGCAUUACAAACUUCUGGUCCUCUGCUUUUCGGUUACCAAGCAGUUGUCUGAAGGAAAUAAACAACUUGUGUUCCGCUUUCUUGUGGAGUGGUCCGGACUUGAAAACACACAAUGCUAAAGUGGCUUGGGAUGCUGUCUGCUUACCUUUCGGUGAGGGAGGUCUUGGCCUGCGACCACUAAAGGAGGUAAACACCGUUUGUGGCCUUAAACUUAUUUGGAGAUUGCUCUCUACGAAUUCCCUAUGGAGUCAGUGGGUGCAUACAUAUCUUAUCCGGCAAUCAUCCUUUUGGGACGUCGGGGACUCGCCUCAGCGGGGUUCGUGGAUGUGGCGGAAGUUGCUCAAACUACGAGGGUUAGCUAAGCAGUUUCACAGCAAAGACAUCAAAUGCGGUCGUACGACUUCGUUCUGGUAUGACUGUUGGUCUCCAAUGGGUAGGCUGCAUGAUUUGUUUGGUGACCGGGGUUUUAUUGAUCUUGGGAUCUCAAAACAAGAUACGGUUGAAUCAGUUAUGCUACACCACAGGGUGCGGCGGCAUAGAGUCGACUCUCUCAACGCAGUGGAACGCCUCAUUACCACUGUCACUGCUAAGAGGAAGCCGGAUGCAGUUGAUGUGCAUUUGUGGCGUCAUAGAACUGGUCCAAAGAAAAAGUUCUCGACAAAAGACACCUGGCUCCAGUUGCGCAUAACCACGCCUGUGCAACACUGGGCAGAGGGUGUUUGGUUUCCUCAAGCAACCCCAAAAUAUGCUUUUUUGACUUGGCUCGGCAUGCUUAAUAGACUCUCCACUGGAGACAGAAUGUUGAAGUGGAACCAGUCUGUUGACUCCUCUUGCUCGUUCUGCUCGGCACCCUUGGAAACUCGAUCUCACAUCUUUUUCCAAUGCUCUUACUCGCAUCAGAUUUGGCAUGCGCUCACCUCGGGUUUCCUUGGGGUUCACUCAACAUCUGAUUGGGAAUCCAUUAAGACCCUCUCCUCGAACUCAACCCUUGACAACAAUCUCCGGCUGUUACUACGAUGUUCUCUUCAGGUUGCCCUCCACUCCAUUUGGCUUGAACGCAAUAAUCGUCGCCAUGGUGAAUCCCCUUAUGUCAGGGUUCAGACCCAAACUGGUGGAGGUUUCGACUUCAACGGAUUCCUAUAUGCUGCUGGAUCGGCCAAUCUAAACAGCAACGGCCUGUUCAGACUUACCAAUUCUACAACACAAACAGCUGGUCAAGUUUUCUACAAUUUUCCAUUUCGAUUCAAGGACAGUGUAAAUGGUACCGUCUACUCUUUCUCCACCACUUUUGUCUUUGCUAUAGUUUCACAUUAUGGAGUAGUUAAUGGCCAUGGAUUGGCCUUUGUCCUUUCUCCUACGAAAGGUUUGCCCAAUGCUGAUCCCACUCAAUACCUAGGGCUUUUCAACGUAAGCAGCAUAGGAGAUCCAAAAAAUCAUAUAGUAGCGGUUGAGCUCGAUACCGUCCAGAGCGCUGAAUUUGAUGACAUAAAUGCCAACCAUGUUGGUAUUGACAUAAAUAGCGUAGUUUCAGAUAAAUCUACUUCAGCAGGUUAUUACAAGGAUGAUGGUACAUUUAUAGAUCUCUUGCUUGCGAGUGGAGACCCUAUGCAAGUGUGGAUUGAAUAUGAUAGCAAACGGAGACAGCUUAAUGUCACACUUCAUCCUAUUCGUGUCCCUAAGCCAAAAGUUCCACUUCUUUCUCUGCAAAAAGAUCUUUCUCCCUUUUUGCUUGAGUAUAUGUAUGUUGGCUUCUCUUCAUCCACGGGUACACUAACUGCAUCUCACUAUAUAUUGGGUUGGACGUUCAAGAUGAAUGGGACGGCUCCGGUUAUAGACCUUUCUCGCCUGCCAAAGGUUCCUCGUUUUAAUCAGCCAUGGAUCCAGAGUCCGAAGGGGGUUUUAACAAUCAGUUUGACUGUAUCAGGUGUCAUCUUAUUCAUCAUCUUGAGUCUCAGCUUAUGGCUUUUCCUGAAAAGGAAGAAGCUACUAGAAGUUCUUGAAGAUUGGGAGGUACAGUUUGGUCCUCAUAGGUUUGCUUUUAAAGAUCUACACACUGCAACAAGGGGUUUCAAGGAUACUGAGAUUCUCGGUAAAGGAGGAUUUGGGAAAGUAUAUAAGGGUACUUUACCAGUCUCUAACAUUGACAUCGCAGUGAAGAUGGUUUCUCAUGACUCAAGACAGGGAAUGAGGGAAUUUAUUGCUGAGAUCGCAACCAUUGGGCGACUGAGACAUCCUAACUUAGUUCGGCUCCAGGGCUACUGCAGACACAAAGGUGAACUCUACUUGGUGUAUGAUUGUAUGCCAAAAGGAAGCCUUGAUAAGUUCCUCUACCACCAACAGAUGGUGAGUCUUGAUUGGUCACAGAGGUUCAGUAUCAUUAAAGACGUAGCUUUUGGGCUUUGUUAUUUGCACCAGCAAUGGGCGCAGGUGAUUAUCCACAGGGAUAUUAAACCAGCUAAUAUCCUUCUUGACGCUAAUAUGAAGGCAAAACUUGGUGACUUUGGUCUCGCAAAGCUUUGUGAUCACGGGAUUGAUCCUCAAACCUCUCAUGUGGCAGGUACACUUGGGUAUAUAGCACCUGAGCUCUCAAGAACAGGAAAGGCAAGUACAAGUUCAGAUGUAUUUGCACUCGGUGUAGUGAUGCUAGAGAUUGCUUGCGGGAGAAAACCUAUAUUGCCACGCACAUCGCAAAGCGAGAUGGUACUUACUGAUUGGGUGCUAGAGUGUUGGGAGAAUGGAGAUAUCAUGCAGGUUCUUGAUCAUAAGAUUGGAGAUGAGUAUGUUGAGGAGCAAGCAGCACUUGUUCUGAAACUCGGCUUAUUCUGUUCACAUCCGGUAGCAGCCAUGAGACCAAACAUGUUCAGCGUCGUUAAAUUCUUGGACAGUGUGGCUCAGCUUCCUGAUAACUUACUUGACAUUGUCCAAGCUGGAGAAGUUUAUCCAGGUCUUGAAAUCUCAGGUGAAGAAGCUGAUUCUCCUGAGUCCAGUUCCAUUGCUCCCUUGACCUUCACUGAAUCUUUCGUCUCUCAUGGACGUUAAAAGAAACCCAUAUGGUCUCGUAGGUUCUUGAUUUAUCUUGAAAAUGUAAGUCUUAUAAUAAGUUUGCAAGUGUGUAAUAAGAAUAUAUACAAAAAAAAAAGCACUUUCAGGAAAGAAAAUAUGAUUGGUAUUCAAGUAUGUUAAUAACAUCAUCCUCACGUUUAUUAUCUAUAGACUCUAUACAAAUACAUUGACAGAA